UUUGGUUCAAACCAACGCCAAAUCUGAGAGACUCCACCACAGCUCCGUUUCUAACCAACCAAACAGGAAAAGUUAGGUUUCUUUCUUCAAUUACAAUUUUAGAGAGAGAGAGAGAGAGAGAGAGAGAGAGAUUUAAGAUUUAUGUAAGUUGAGGGCGCUUAGAAGAGGAGGUCAAAGAUGGCAAGUACUGUGGAUAAGGAGGUUCAAGAUGGCCACAACAGCGACGUCGUUUCUAUCGAGCUAACAGCCCCUCCUGGUUGGAAGAAAUUGUUCACACCCAAAAAAGGAGGCACACCAAGGCAGAAGAACGAGAUAGUAUUUGUUGCUCCAACGGGGGAGGAAAUCAACAACAGAAAACAGUUGGAGCAGUACCUAAAAUCACAUUCAGGUAAUCCUGCCGUGUCUGAGUUUGACUGGGGUACUGGUGAGACGCCAAGAAGAUCAGCAAGGAUAAGUGGAAAGGCUAAGGCAACGCCUCCUUCUGAAAGUGACCCACCAAGGAAACGAGGCCGCAAGUCAUCAGCUUCUAAGGACAACAAGGAGACAGAUACAGCCAUCGAGGAAACUGAUUGUAAGAAAGAGGUUGAAAUGCAGGAUGUGGUUGUCAUGGAGAAUAUUGCUGGAGGUGAGAAGGGAGAAGGUGGUCCCAAGGAAAGUCAGGUUGAGAGCGGAGAUAAUCCAGAAGCCAAAAUGGAUGAAGCUGGUCCUGAGAAAUUCUUGGUGAAGGAUGUUGAGAUUCAAAACAAUGUACAAGAGACCAAGAAUGUUGAAAUAGAUGUUGGAACUGAAAAAGGAGAAGAUGGUUCCAAGGAAGAUCAGGCUGAGAUAGGAGAUAACCAAGAUGCAAAAAUGGAUGAAGCUGUUCCAGCAAAAUCUGUGGGGAAGGAAGUUGAGGUUCAAAAUGAUGCCAAUGAGACCAAGAACGUUGAAUUAGAUACAGUGGUAGACAAGGAACAAACCGAUGAAACUGCAGAUACUGAAGUGACAGGAAAAGUGCCUGAGAAUGAUGUGGACGGUAAUCUGCGGAUAGAGAAACACAACAAUAUGGAUGCAAAGCUAAAGUUAAAUGGUAAUGAUGCAACUGAUGAGGAACAGAACAAGCUUAAAAACAUACCUGCAGAGACACAGAAUGGAGCAGAGCAUGGGAAGCCCGGCGAUCUUGAGCCUUCAUCAGGACGAGAUGUCGAAGAGAAGCUGGGCUUGCAGGAGAACAAUGACAAAGCUAAUGUGCAGUUGGAGAAUGCCAUGGUUAGCCAGCAGCCUGGGCAAGCGGAUGCCUCAAAGCAGCAGCAUCUAACCCCUUCACCAGUAAGCUGCUAAAUUAAUACGUGCACCAUCUCAUCUCUUUUACCACUUUUUUUUUUUUUUUUUUGUAACAUCACACUUGGUUCCUCAUAUCCACAUUCACCUUGUGGGGAUUAAAUUAAAUGUUUCAUUAGGGUAGAUAUGAUGAUCAGAACCUUGUGACCUUGGCGCAGUUGGAGACAGCCGUUACUGUAGUUUCUGUGAUGUUAUGAUGUAGGGAAAAGCUUAGACCGUAUUGUGUAGGCAUGAACUUCUGUUUUGUUGUGUAUCAUCACUUAAUGCACGCCUUGCGGCUUUUGUUCUGGUGGUGGUGGUGGUGGUUGUGGA